GCCGCAGCGGAGACAGCGGAGCCUGCGGGAUGGCGGCGGGCGAGGGCGGGGCCGACUCGCUGCCCCCGCCCUCUUCCUCCUUGCUCGGGCCCCAUCCGGGCCCCGAGCGCGCCCUGGAAGAAGCGGUGGCCUCGGGCAGCCUGAGCUUGGCGGGACGGCGCCUGAGGCACUUCCCCGGAGGAGCCGCUCGGCGCUGGGACCUCAGCGACACCACGCAAGCGGAUCUCUCGCGGAACCGCUUUGCCGAAGUGCCGGAAGACGCCUGCCACCUGAUGUCCCUGGAGGGGCUGAGCCUCUACCACAACUGCCUGCGUAGCCUCCCUCCGGCCAUGGCCAACCUCCAGGCCCUCACCCACCUCAACGUCAGCCGGAACCAGAUCUCCGUCCUGCCUGCCUGCCUUUGCCACCUGCCCCUCAAGGUCCUCAUCGCCAGCAACAACAAGCUGGCUUCCCUCCCGGAGGACAUCGGCUCCCUUGGCAGCCUUCGCCAGCUGGAUGUCAGCAGCAACGAACUGCGGUCGCUCCCGGGGAGCAUGGGGGGCCUGGAGCGUCUUCGGGACCUCAACGUCCGCCGGAACCAGAUCACAGUCCUCCCUGAAGAGUUGGGGGAGCUCCCGCUGGUGCGGCUGGACUUCUCCUGCAACCUGGUCACUCGGCUCCCCGUCUGCUUCCGCCACUUGCGACACCUGCAGUGCCUCCUCCUGGAGAACAACCCCCUGCAGUCCCCACCUGCUCAGGUCUGCCUGAAGGGCAAAAUCCACAUCUUCAAAUACCUCAACACGGAGGCCUGUGGCAAAGGCAGGCCGGGCUUGGCCGAGCUCGCCCAGGGACGCCCUGCCACCUUCGGCACGUGCCUCCCGGAUGACUUCUAUCCGGCCCGGCAACACGGCGGCCUUGACUCCGGCUUCCACAGCGUGGACAGCGGCAGCAAGCGGUGGUCGGGGAACGAGUCCACUGACGAGUUCUCCGACCUCUCCUUCCGCAUUGCCGAGUUGGCUCGCGACCCCAAGCAGCUGCGGGAGAAGCGUGGAGGGGCAGGCGAUGCCGGAGAAGUGGAGCAGAUCGACUACAUCGACAGCAGCGUGAACGGGGAGGAAGAGGAAGAGGAGGAUUCGCUGGUGGAGGAAGAGGCGAUGGGGGGCUCUCCUCCAGCUGGGAGGGCCGGCAAGGCAUGGAGCGGCUUCCCAGGACUGGCGCCCCACGAGGAGCCCCAGAAACACACCAGGAUCCCCUCCCAGAGAGUGGGCGCUGGAGAGCCAGGGCUGAUGGCUGGCAGGGGCGGCAGUGGGGCCGGCUCCGCCAGGCCGGAGUUCUCAGCCGAGGAGCGCCGUCGCCCAGAACUCCUGCAGCUGUGGCAGGAAAGGGAGCGCCAGCAGCAGCAGCAGCAGCCGCCCUCGCGGGGGACGGACAGCAGCAGCCUGGCCGAGAAGGGCGGUGGCCUCCCUCCUCCGAAGCAGCCCUGUGGCCAGGGAGCUGAACCGCCGGCUGGUUCCCCCAGGCACAGUCCCCGCUCUGCAGAUCCCUUUUCUGACCCUUCUGAGCCCACCCAGAGGGGCUUGAUAGACCCUCCUCGGCUUUGCCAGAGCUCCACGGGGGCCAGCCUUGCCACCCCACGCAAUGGCAGCGUGGCACAGAGGCCUUCCAGCUUCCUCUUCCGCUCCUCCUCCCAGAAGGGCGUCCAGCGGAGAUGGGAUUCCCCGUCGCCUGAGCUCAGCAGCCCCGCCAGGUGCCGUACGGGGACCCAGGCCUCAGACGAGAGGGAGCUCCUUGCCCAGCUGCGCAAGGCCAUUGAGUCCCACCUGAACGUGACCCUGGCAGAGGACUUGGGCGAGGCCCUGGCCGACGGGGUCAUCCUUUGCCAGCUGGCAAACCGCCUGUGCCCACGCUCUGUGCCUUUCAUCCACGUGCCCUCGCCUGCUGUGCCGAAGCUGAACGCCGCCAAAAGCCGCAAGAACCUGCAGGGCUUCCUGGCCGCCUGCCGCCAGCUUGGGAUUCCGGAGGUGUCUCUCUGUGGUGCCCCCGACAUUGCCCUCCUCCUCCAAGGCAACGUCCGUGGCUUCCUGUGCCCGCUGGAGGCCCUGCUGCUGCUGCUGCACCCAGCGGCCCCCCUCGCGCCCCCCGGCCACCUGGCCGGCUUUGCCGUCUUCUAUGCCUGCGUCAUGUUGCUGCUCUACUUUGCCUACUGCCAGCUGUGUGGCCUCUUCUUCUGCUGCUGCUGCUGAGCCCUCGGCCGCCCAGCCGAGCAGGACUGCCCGGCUGCCACAGCCGCCCCGUCCGCAGAGCCGGACGCUGCGUUCCCUGGUCAGAGACUCCGGCUCCAGGGAGGCCGCCCGUUGCUAGGAAGAUCAGCCCUCUGGUUUCAGACAUUGACCGGCUUCACUCACGUUCUCCAGGCAGCCAGAUGGGUUGGGGGCUGUCAAGAGGCCCCUUUCUCCAGUCGAUGCCUCCCGACACCCCCCGAAGUCCC